AUGGAAAAUGAAACUAGUGAUCCGGAUGCAGAAAAUAGGAUAUUACUAGAACCGUAUGAAUACAUUCGAACGAUACCUGGCAAACAAAUAAGACCAAAACUAAUAAAAGCAUUUAACCAUUGGUUACAUAUUCCUGAUGAAAAAUUGUUAAUAAUUAGUGAAAUAACUGAAAUGCUUCAUAAUGCAAGUUUAUUAAUUGACGAUAUUCAAGAUAAUUCAAAAUUAAGACGUGGAAGUCCAGUGGCUCAUGCUAUCUAUGGAGCACCACUGACAAUUAAUGCGGCAAAUUUUGUGUAUUUUCUUGCAUUAGAAAAAGCAUUAACUUUAAAUCAUCCUGAUGUAACAAAACUAUUCGUAGAACAAUUAAUUGAAUUACACCAUGGACAAGGGAUGGAAAUAUGGUGGCGAGAUAACUUUGUUGCUCCAUCUGAAGAUGAAUAUCGAACUAUGGUUAUUCAAAAAUGUGGUGGUCUAUUAAAUAUUGGUAUUCGUCUGAUGCAAUUAUUUUCAACUGAACAACAAAAUUUUCAUUCAAUCUGUCAACUAUUAAGCUUAUUAUUUCAAAUUCGAGAUGAUUAUUGUAAUUUGAUAUUUAACGAACAUAUUCAACAUAAAUCCUAUUGUGAAGAUUUAACAGAAGGAAAAUUUUCAUUUCCUGUCAUUCAUGCUAUAAAUACGCACGAUAAUGACACGCGAAUAAUUCAUAUUUUAAAACAACGUACACACGAUUAUGAAUUGAAAUCAUAUUGUCUUCAUUUAUUGCAUGAAUUCGGUUCGAUUAAAUAUACAAAACGUGUCUGUUGCGACUUGGCAAAAUCAACGUUUGAAGAAAUUGAUUUUUUAGGUGGAAAUAUUUAUUUGGAAAAUAUUGUUCGAACAUUAAUGAAAGUAUUUGACGAGCCCGAUGACGACGAACAACGACGAUCUACUAAUAAAUUUGGAGCAAAUAAUAAUAUACUCGCUACUGAUGAGUUAGAUGAUGAUGAAGAAGAAGAAGAAUAUUAUUCAAAUAAUGGAUACGAUGACGAUAAUAAUCAGUCAAAUUCUCAAGAUGAACAAGAAUAUGUAAAUGGUAAUGACUCAAUAAACUAUACAUUACAGAAGACGCAAAAGAAAUUUACGAACAAUAAUAGCAAAACAAAUAAUGGCAAAUUUUCUCCUGUAUAUCAACAACAAACAACGAAUAAUAUUCCAUACUCAAGUCGUUUCGAUUCCUAA